AUGACCAACUUCGUUCAAAGUCUUGGCUCAUGUGCACCUAUCGCCCAGCAACUGCCGGAGGUCAUGUCAGCACCCGUUACACCAGGCCACUCCGGAGCCAACUUCCACGGAUCCUCGCAUACGAUGCACGUCUCUCGUAUGGAGCAACGUCACCAUGAGCAGAGGACAGGUCUUGUUGCCACAGUUCAUGAGGGUCUCGUGAUGCCGGGGGACAUCGGCCAGCGCGAGCUGGGAAUGAUCGUGUUUCAGGCGAUGCCGCUCGUCCGGGCGAACAUAACAAAGAUAGCAUCGUCUAAAUUGUAG